CCUCUUUUUGUGUAUGUUUCUGUGUUAUUGCGUAAAGCAUGAUCCUAUACCAAUUUUGUGUCACUUCCCUAAGAAAUUGAUCAAAAACUCCACGACGCCACUCUCAGUAUCACAGAACCAAGCAACUAUUUCUUCAACCCAUGAAUCAUCAACAACCAUUAGAAGAUACCAUCAUGGAAAUGAGGGAAUGUUUCAUGCUUUCACCUGCUGGUGGUAGUGAACCAUCUCUCAGAACUGCUCAUUUUCUCAAACCUAUUGCAAACUCCAUUCAUGAACUUAAUUUUCAGUUUAACCUUGACCCUUCAUCUUCUUCUUGUUCUGUCUUUGAACCUAAGGAAUGUUCUUUGAAAAUCAAUUUCAAUGGCUGGCGCUACCCACGGACAAAAUGGGUUAAGUGGGUUGAUCAACUUAAACCCAGGUACGAAUCAGUUUGGAAAAAAGCUGGAAUCUUUGAACCUAUAAUGAGUACUAAGAGCCGCAUUAUGAAAAAUCAAGACUUGGUUUAUGGGGUUGUUGAGAAAUGGUGUUCUGAGACAAAUACGUUUGUGUUUCCCUUUGGUGAAGCAACGAUCACUUUGGAGGAUGUUAUUGUUUUGGGGGGUUACUCUCUAUUUGGUGAUCCUGUUUUCACACCACUUGAAGAUCAAGAAAUGAAAGAGGUUGAAAAGAAAUUGAUGCUUGCAAGACAAGAAAGGAGUAAGAAAGGUAUGACUUCUACAUCAGUUUGGAUGGAUGUUUUCAUUGAUAAAAGUAGUGAAAUUGAGCAUGAAGCAUUUCUUGUUACUUGGUUGUCAAUUUUUGUUUUUCCUCACAAAUACAAUCUGGUGAAAAGUUGUUUGUUUUCUAUUGCUGUUCAUCUUGCUAGAGGGAAUCCUAUUGCUUUAGCACCUGCUGUUUUGGCUAGUUUAUACAAGGAUUUGAGUUUGUUUAAGGAAACAAUUGUAGGUUUUAAGAAAUGUUCGGUAGGAGGUGAUAGACUUCCCAUGGUGUGGGAGAUUAGUUUACAAUCACCAUUUUACUUGGUUCAAGUUUGGGUGUGGGAGAGGUUCAAAAAUUUGCAGCCACAACCUAACUUGAUCAAUAAGGGAGACCAUGUAUUGUUAAGGUGGCAUAUGGUUAAGGCUUUGGAAAUUGAGAAUGUGAGGUUGGCAUUAGAAUCAGCUAUUGAUGAUUUUCUUUGGCGUCCAUAUGUUAGAUAUGUUGAUAAUUGCGGAAUGUUUUAUCCAAAUGAUGAAAUUUUGGUACCAUUUAAGAAAGUUUUGGUGGAUAUACAAAUGCUCUCAUUUGUUCUAUGCUUGAGAGUUUCUGAGCUAGUUGGAUUUGAAUGUAUAGAGCAAUAUCUACCACAUAGAGUUGCGAUGCAAUUUGGAAUGGAUCAAGAUGUUCCUGGCUAUGUGUCUAGAUUCAACAACACUGAAACCAUUGCUUGGAAAAAUUACACUAGACCCUUAUCUGAUACAAGUUUACAUUUUCCAUCUAGAUUUUUCGAGGCUGAUGUUACCACGCGUUAUUCAAAGUGGUGGAAAAAAUCAGUAUUGGGUCCUCAGGGUUUCAAUAAGAAUGUUGUGCGGCAGAAGAAAAAUGUCGGGUCAUUGAAAUGUAGUCCCGAGGCUAAGCUUUCACUUGAGUUUUCUCAGAAACUUGUUGGCCCUGUUACUCUUGGAAAAUCUUGUGAUGAUGUUUCAAAAACUAGCAAGGGUGAUAAUAUUGUUGAUGAUGAUGUUCCUUCAGAUUUUAUUCCUGAAGUUUUGACAACUAUGUCAUCUGAAAAUUCUGUUGAAGAUGUUUUGAAAGCUGAGAAAAAUGUCGAUGCUGAUGCUCGUUCAAGUCUACCACAAAAACACAGCACUCUGAGUCCUUUACUAUCGGAUGAAGAUUGUAAGCAUGUACUGGAAGAAGAUGUUGAGUUUAACGAUGCAAAUGAGAGCAAAGAAGAAGCUAGGAUGUCAAGUGACAGAAUCAGCGAAUCCGGGAAUCAAGAAGAAAGCUAUAGCAAUUUAUCUGAAGCAAGUAUAGCGGAACUUGAACGGAGAAUUAGCCGACUCGAGAAGGUGCAUGCAAAACUGAAGACAACGAGGUAGUUGCUGUGAAAACAACUUGACAGAACUGGAAUUCAAUGAAACCGGGAAUUUCUUGUGCAGAAUUUGAUUUUGAGCCUUACAUUUACAGUUUAGUAGAAUUAAUUAAAGAUGACAAGGUUUGGUCACAGUAAUAAACAUACAUUAUUACAGUACUAGUUAAGCUACAUAACAAGAAUGUUGAUUGAAAAAGAAGACCAAAUGAAACAUGAACUUUUUAGGAUAUUAAUAUUGUGACUCAGUUUUUGCUUUUACUUGAAUAUUACAUAGAAACAUAGUUAUUAGUUAUUUGUAAACACUCAACUUCAUCAAAAUUAGCCACAAAUAGUAACGGACA